AGAAAUUACCAACUCCAGCCAGUCCAAUGGGUCCAACGUGCAGCCGGCGUCGGAGGAGAAGAUGGAGGAGCGGGGCCAGUGGAGUAACAAGAUGGAGUUCGUUCUGUCUGUGGCCGGGUCCAUCAUCGGGUUAGGAAACAUGUGGCGCUUCCCCUACCUCUGCUACAAAAACGGAGGAGGCGCGUUCCUUAUCCCGUACCUCAUUUUCCUGUUCACGUGCGGCGUUCCCGUCUUCUUCCUGGAGGUGGCGCUGGGUCAGUUCACCAGUGAGGGCGGGAUCACCUGCUGGAGGAAGAUCAGCCCCCUGUUUGAAGGUCUGGGAUACGGGACACAGGUCAUCGUGACUCUGCUCAACUUUUAUUACAUCAUUGUUCUGGCUUGGGGCAUUUUCUACCUGUACUUCUCCUUCUCCUGGGACCUGCCGUGGUCUUCGUGCAACAACACUUGGAACACAGCAAACUGUAUGGAGUUACAGAGAGGAAACUCAUCGGCCAAUCAAACCUUCUACGUCAACGCCACAUCGCCAGUCAUCGAGUUUUGGGAGAGGAGAGCUCUGAGGAUUUCCUCCGGCCUGGACCACAUGGGGUCUCUGAACUGGGACCUGGCUCUGUGUCUGCUCGUCGCUUGGAUCAUGUGCUACUUCUGCAUCUGGAAAGGGGUCAAAUCCACAGGAAAAGUCGUCUACUUCACUGCCACAUUUCCAUACGUGAUGCUGAUCGUGCUGCUGAUCCGAGGUCUCACUCUGCCUGGAGCUGCCAUCGGGAUCCAGUUCUACCUUUAUCCGGAUUUGGGACGACUGGCCGACCCCCAGGUGUGGAUGGACGCUGGCACUCAGAUCUUUUUCUCUUAUGCCAUUUGUUUGGGAUCUCUGACUGCACUGGGGAGCUACAACAAGUACAACAAUAACUGCUACAGAGACUGCUUGUCCUUGUGUUUUCUGAACAGUGGCACCAGUUUUGUUGCUGGUUUUGCCAUUUUCUCCAUCCUGGGUUUUAUGGCGUAUGAACAGAACGUGCCUAUUUCUGAGGUGGCAGAGUCUGGUCCAGGUCUGGCGUUCAUUGCGUAUCCUCGAGCUGUGACCAUGAUGCCGUUCUCUCCUCUCUGGGCCACGCUCUUUUUCGUCAUGAUCGUGUUUUUGGGUCUGGACAGUCAGUUCGUGUGCGUGGAGAGUUUGGUGACGGCCAUCGUCGACAUGUAUCCGGCCGUGUUUCGACGCAAAAACCGCCGAGAGAUUUUCCUGGCGUUCGUGGUGCUGUUCUCGUUCUUCAUGGGGCUCAUUAUGUUGAUGGAGGGCGGCAUGUACGUGUUCCAGCUCUUUGAUUAUUACGCAGCCAGUGGGAUGUGCCUCCUCUUCAUGUCCAUCUUUGAGACCGUGUGCAUCGCCUGGGCCUACGGAGCUGAUCGGUUUUACGACAACAUUGAAGACAUGAUUGGAUAUCGCCCUGGGCCGUACAUCAAGUACUGCUGGCUGUUUCUAACUCCUGCCACCUGCAUUGGAACCUUCGCCUUCUCCCUGAUCAAAUACACUCCUCUGAAGUACAAUAACGAGUACGUGUACCCGUGGUGGGGGUACGUGAUCGGGUGGCUGCUCGCUCUGUCCUCCAUGAUCUGUAUCCCCCUGUGGAUGGUCUACAAGCUCAGCACCACACAGGGCACGCUCCGAGAGCGCAUCCAGCUGCUCAUCACUCCGUCCGACGACUUGCCCAAAACCAAAAGGGAACAGGAAAAGUUACUGGUCAUUUUUGCUCCUGAAGACGUCGUGUCUAAAAACGGAUACGUCCCUGUGUCAGAGACCGACUCCAACUUAUAAAAGGUCAAACAUUAAAGGUCCUGUAUUACGCAAAAAACUGACUCUUUUGAACUGUAAGUCGUGUUUUAAUGUCGUUGCCUCAUGAAAAACAGACCUGGAGUUGUGUUUUGUUUCAUUCACACGUUUGAGUACCGUAUUUCCCAGAUUAUAAGUCACUUUUUUUUGUCAUAGUUUGUCCGGGGGUGCGACUUAUAUGUGAAAUGUCGUUUUUGUCACACUGAACCACACAUUAAAACCGCGUCCGGAGCGUGGAAAAUGGCAAAAAUCAAGUAGUAAACACGCCCCGACAUGGCAGUGAGUGGUGUCAAAAAUUAGAACUCGACGAGCUCUAAUUGUCACAAAAGACCCCGAGAAAAAAUAACAAAAGAUGACUCGGUAGCGCCACCUCAAACUUUGAUUUUCAUGGGGCCAAUGGGAGCCCGCCUCGCAAAAAAGUCGACGUAAAAAUCUGAAACUCACAUAAAAAAAUAGAACAUGUCGGGACAUGACAAAAAUGAUAUUAUGGCCCCGCCCUAAAAUGUACAGGACGUCGGCCAUAUUGGAUCAAACCCGGGAACGACAAAAGUGCACACCCUCACAUUCAGGACAUUUUCUCGCACAGUUUUCAUCACAAACACUUCAAAUUUGGCCAAAUCCCACUAAACCCAUGUGUGAUUAAAGAUUGGGAUUGUGGGAUUAUAGGGAACUCUUUUGGAAUUUUCUAAAUUAUAAAAUGUGGGUGUGGCCAGCCUGGGAAAAAAAAGCCAUUUUUUAAAGUUUUUAAUUGCGUGUACCUCACACAGUUAGUGUCCUAUUUCCCGGCAUGAAUAUACUUUUUUUUUCAAAAUGUUGAUCUGAACACAUAGAUAUACAAUUUACACAGGUCACACAUUAUAUUGCUCCACAGCGCCCCCUUGAACCUUUUAAUGGUAUGCAAAAAAUUACUUUGUCACAAACAUUUAAAAUUUGGCAUGGACAUCCCAAUUGACAUACUGAACAAAAAAGCCAAUGACAAUAUACCUCUAUUUUCAAAGGUGUUGCCAUGGCAACGUCUGACAUUUGUCAUUGAAAUACAUGGGUUUUGGUUAACUGGGAUGAAAAAUAAUUACUUUGUCAUAGACCAUUGAAAUUUGGUACACAUAUUCCUUUCAUCAUACUGAACAAAAAAGCCAAUGAGAACAUACCUCUAUUUCCAACCGUGAAGGCGUGACAAUGUGAUAAAUGGUGAAUGGAGUAGUAUAACUGAGACGCUGAUUUUGGGGGGAGGGGCGAUGUAAGCGGGAACGAAAGGCAGGAUCUUCACUGUGGCCUGAAUCCCGCAGUCGCAAGGGGUGGCGAGGGCCUUUAUCACUGCUCCACUACUCCAGAGCGACUUAUACUCCAGAAAAUACAGUAACACUUUAUUAUUUACAAAACACAACUCCAGGUCUGUUUGUGACGAGGAAACAUUAAAACACGGAUCAUAAAACGGCGUCAUACCGGCCCUUUAACGCUCACGUCUCCCUCGGCUCCAGCUGUUUGUGUUUAAAGUGACGCAGCAGCACACGUUUUCUCAAUGGUGUUUUCAGGGACAAAUUUCACAUAUAUAAAUACUUUCAAAUGUAAAAUGUGAUGUUACUGUUUCACAAAACGUAGAGAACUUUCUGGGCCGGUAAACUGUUUUCCAGAGAGUGACGCUGUCGACUUAAACUUGUGUCAUAGACUUUUUGUACAUCGUUGUGUCAUAUUUUGUAAAACUCAAGUUGAAAAUGAGUUGUAAAGUAAGUAAUUAAAUCAUGCUACACAUUUUAGACUGUAAACUGCACAAUGUCGUUGUUUUUUUUAUGGUUUCAAAAAUGACCUGUACAGAUGUGAUUGGUAUAAAUAAAGUGCUGUUGUGUUCUUGGGCAAGACACUUCACUC